ACUUCAAAGUACACGUUCCGUUGUCCUGACGUAAACUGGCGGACAGGUGACGACACUUGUCCACAUUAGCUCACUACUUGGCCGACAUCUAGUUUCAUGUAAAUGAUAUAUCUGUGGACGCAACGAGCUCCGUUGGGAAUCGAAACCGAUCGAUUGCUUCUGUCUGAUUCUGCCUGUAAAGAUGGACGCCUGCCGCAGUAGAUUUUAAACGAAAGACAGAGAAGAAACCUCGGUGGUGCUCGUUUGUGAGUAUCUUUCAUUCAUGUAUUGAGAACCUGGACUGGAGUUUCAACUUGAUGAGUAGUCCUGGUCUCCAGUCCUGUUCUGGCAGAGGCUUGCUGAGCUGCAGCAUGACCACAGCCGCCUCGGCUCAUCUGAGAUUUCUGGCAAAUGAAAAUGGAGGAGCUUUCAAUGUCCAGCCUGGACAACAGCAAGCUGGAGGGCCUGGCGCAGGACAUCCUGUCUGACCUGGUGGAGGACGCGUGCCUGGGACUUUGCUUCGAGGUACACCGGGCGGUCAAGCAGGGCUACUUCUUCCUGGAUGACACGGACCAAGAAAGCAUGCGGGACUUCGAAAUUGUGGACCAGCCCGGGUUGGAUGUGUUCGGCCAGGUGUACAACCAGUGGAAAAACAAAGAGUGCGUUUGUCCCAACUGCAGCCGAAGCAUCGCCGCCUCGCGCUUCGCUCCGCACCUGGAAAAGUGCCUCGGCAUGGGACGCAACAGCAGCCGUAUCGCCAACCGCAGAAUUGUGACAGGUAAUAACACCAACAACAAGUCUGAAAGCGACCAAGAAGACAACGACGACGUUAACGACAACGAUUGGUCGUACGGGGCCGAAAAGAAAGCCAAGAAAAGAAAAGGCGACAAGAAUCCAAAUUCACCGAGAAGAUCCAAAUCCUUCAAGCAUAAGAGCAGCAUGAUUGGCCCUCGUCGUAGGCUGGACAACCAGGAAAGCCCUCGCAUGUUGAUCAAAGACGAGGCCUUCCCGCAAUAGUGCGCCAACACGGAUGACCGCAUGUACUUUCAAGCGGCGAAAGUACAGCUCAGACCUCCAACUUUAUACUUGACACGAUUUUUUUCUUUUAAUUCCCACAUCAUCGUACAGACACUGGCUUUUUAGUCCUCACUUUGCUGGAAUUUCUGACAGUAAUAAUGACUCAUUUGAGCUAUGAUUUCACUGCAUAUCGCUCAUAUUUCACAGUGUGGGUCACGUUACGUUCAGACAAUCACUAGAAAUGGUUUGUCUCGGGUUGUUUGUGGACGUUGAAUCGUAUUAGCAAUUUCUGCAUAAAGCAGGUUUUUUGUUUUGGGAAAGGGGAGAAAGACGGACUUGAUUUUUAGGGUUCAAACGUCUCUUUAUCAUGUGUUUACAGUGUAAAAAGGCUUACACAAAUACUCAGCGUGAUGUGAUAGUGUAAAUAUUCUGAUAGUUGAAUUGCUGCUAUCAUGGCUCAGUUUAUUUCAUCUGUCGAGCAUAAUAAAUGAUUUAUUUGUC